AUGAAAACUUUCUAUUGUCAGGAUUUUUUUGCUUUUCUUUUUAACCAACGUUUGAUUCUCCAGCAAAUAUCCCACAGCAUCAAAUUCUUCUCUUUACAUCGACAAACUACUCUGAAUUUAUUAAAACCUUUCCCAUUUUCUCUUUUUUUUUUCUCGUCUUUCGUUUUCCCAUUUUUAUCUCCUCCGUUUCCCAUUUUUCUCUUUUUAUCUCUUUUCCCGUUUUCUAAUGUUUUUCUCUUUUUAUCUCCUUUUCGGUUUUUCCCAUUUUUCUCUUUUUUCCUCGUCUUUCGUUUUCCCAUUUUUAUCUUCUCGUUCGUUUUCCAUUUUUCUCUUUUAUUCUCUUCUUUCGUUUUCCUAUUUUUUCUUUUAUCUCCUUUCUCUUUUUUCUUGCCUUUUUUUCCCACUUUCCACCUUUUCUUUUUUAAUAAAUUCAUAGUUAUUCACUUUUUCGUUUAUUUCUCUUUGACUCUUUUCCUCUUUUACUUUUCUCCUUACUUUUUCUAUUUACUUUACCAUAUUUUCUUUCCUUGGCUUUCUUUCUUUUUCUAUUUUCCAUUAUUUGCGUUCUCUCUCGCUUGCAUCUUUCUUUUAUUAGCCUCGUUGUUGUUUUUUAUUCUUGUUGUUUUUGUUCGUGUCGUUCUUUUUUUUCUUCUUUUUUUCCUUUUGUUCUUCUUCUUUUGCUUCUCUUCAUCUUCUCCUCUUCCUCCUCCUCUUCUCUUCCUCCUUUUUUCUUAUCCUCUUCUUCUUCCCUUCGCCUUCUUCGCCUUCCUUUCUUCUUCUCUUUCCCUUCUUCUUUGCCUUCUUCUUAUUCUUCGCUUUCCUCUUCUCUUUUUCCUUUCAUUUUCUUUCCCUCUUUUUCUUCUUCUCUUCCUCCUCCUUAUUUUCUUAUCCUGUGCUGCUGCUGUUGCUCCUUCUUCUUCCUCUUCUUCUUCUUCUUCUUCUUCUCCUCCUCCCCGCCCCCUUCGCCUCUUUUUCUUCGUCGUCUUUUCUUCUUAA